UACUUUUCCCGCGGUUUCCGAGAGACCGCUCUGACUUUCAGGAGUCGCGAAAAUUUAGCCGGAUUUGUUGAGCGGGAAGGCGACCGCAGCCACGGACCUGCAAUAUACAUAUAUAUAUACAUAUAUAAACGACGUCACAUCUCCAACACAUUGGCACACGACGUAUCGACUAAUCGAACGUCGGCGCUUGAAUUGCGAGUCUCGUGGAUCGACGGCCGUCGACGGCAAGUCGAUGGUUGGAGGUCGGCGGGUGGUGGGAAGUGGCUGGCUCGACGUGACGGACCUUCGCAAACGUCUGCUGAUCGAAUUUGCCCGGCCGCGCUGCACGAGUCCCUUUUGGCGUCCCGUUAUGGCUUAACGGCGAGAUCGCGCGAGGAUGAGCAGAGCCGCGAGGCCCGCGGGCCCCUGCAGGGGCGGCCUGUACGUCGUCGAGGGCGAGGUAUGCCUCCUGGUGACGGCGAUGCGACGUGGUGCCCGAUGGUCGUCGCACUCCCACCAGGAUGACGAUCAGGACACUCUCAUGAAGGGCUUGAGCACCCUGAAGGAGGUGUUGAACGACCACCGGGAUCUAUCCCAGUUGGAGCCCGCAGUAUUUCUCACCCCCUUCCUGGAAAUCAUUAGAUCUGAAGAAACUACGGGGCCGGUGACUAGUCUAGCGCUAUCUGCCGUUAAUAAGAUAAUUUCUUACGGGCUUGUUGAUUCCAAUCAUCCUGCCGUAGCCACCUGCGUAGAGGCCAUAGCGGAUGCUGUCACGCACGCGAGGUUUGUGGGUGCCGAUGCGUCCGGCGACGGGGUGGUCCUCAUGAGAGUCCUGCAAGUUUUGAGAGCCCUCAUGCUGUCGCCCGCCGGCGAUUAUCUCUCAAACGAGAGUGUAUGCGAAAUUAUGCUGAGUUGCUUUAGGAUAUGUUUUGAGACACGACUUAGCGAAAUACUUAGAAAAACGGCGGAGCACUGUCUGCGGGAUAUGGUUCAACAUUUGUUCACCAGGUUACCUCAGUUCGUUGACGAUACCAGAAACGUGCCCAACAUGAAAAAAAUGAGAACAAACAGCAUAGAGAAUAGUCGUAGCAAGAAUCGCAAGCACAAAAGCUACGCGAAGCAAAAGUCCAAGUCUGUCACGGAUGACAUUGACGAGAAGGAGUCAAAUAUUUCGAGCGCAGUUGACAAAAUACGGGCCAACCACUUGGCCACCACACCUGUCUCACCAGUCGGCAAUAUCGUUGACAUGCAGGGCUCGUUAAAUCAUGGAAGCGUUGAUAAGAGUGAGGACGAAAAGAGCGAGAAGAACAAAGUUAACAUUAGCAAAGAUAGUACUAAAGAUGGAAACGAUUGUAUCAAAGCGGCAGAUAGUCAGGAGGCUAGUAAGAAACAGGAGAUCGAUAAAGACGGGAGCAAUAGAGACGUUAAGAGCGAGACAGAAACGACCGAGGCGAAUGACCCGCCUGAAAAUAUUGAUGUGGAGAACAAAGGUGCUGCUUUAGGUGAAAGUAAAAGCGUGGAGAAGGAAGAUGCGGCUGAUCGCAAGAUCACAGAUGAAUCCGAAUCUACCCUUAAGCAAUCCACCUCGGAAAAUCAAGGUGACGAGGAGAAAAGCAUCGAUUCAGCGCAAUCUCCGACUGGUAGCGUGGAAGACUUGUCGAUAGACGAAAAUGUGUCUAGGGCGUCUAAAGUGAAGGAGUCUGAGCAAGUCGAGGAGUAUGUGAACAGUCAAGGUGUCCGAUUUAUUCCGUUGCAACAGCGGGCGCCGUACGGCGCGUUGUGCGUUCGCGAAUUGUUCAGAUUUCUCAUUUCUCUAUGCAGUCCUCUUGACAAACAGAACAAUGAAAUUAUGACCCACUUGGGUCUUAGCUUAUUGCAAGUAGCGUUGGAGAUCGCAGCCGACGCUCUGUCUAAUUUCUCGUCUCUGCUUGCGCUCGCAAAGGACGACUUGUGUAAAAAUCUAAUCUUGCUACUUGGAACGGACAGAUUGUCGAUCCUCGGUGUAAAUCUUCAAGUAUCGUACUUGCUGUUUGAGUCGCAAAGGGAGCACCUAAAAUUUCAACUGGAACAUUAUUUAAUUAAAUUAAUGGAAAUAGUUGUCUCCGAAUCUAGUAGAAUAUCGUACGAGCAACGGGAAUUAGCGCUUGAGGCUGUAGUAAGAUUGUGGAGAAUACCCGGUUUGCCUGCUGAGUUAUAUUUAAAUUACGAUUGCGGACUUUACUCCACAAACUUGUACGAGGAACUUAUGAAAAUGUUUUCCAAGAAUGUUUCUUUGCCAAUGAUCACUGGUAUGCAUACCAUGCAACUGAUUUCUCUGGACGCCAUAAUAAUGCUGAUCGUCGGCAUGGAGAUUCGUUGCAAAGGCUGCAAGGAAUUGUGCAAGCCGUCGCGUCACGAGGCAUCGUCAAAUCUACCCACGCGUGAAGAUCUGCUCGCUAUAAAAUCGAACAAGCGGUGGUUGGUUCUCGGCACGGAAAAGUUCAACGAGAAUCCGCGGGAGGGUAUCGCAAAACUUACGGAGCACGGUCUGCUAGGUGGUACUCCAGGCCACUCGGAUCCUGAAAAGGUUGCGAAACUUCUAAGGGAGAAUCCUGGUUUGGAUAAGAAAGCGAUCGGCGAGUACAUCAGCAAGAAAGAAAACAAGAUCAUUCUCAAUUACUUCGUGCACAAUUUUGACUUGAGAAAUACCCGAAUCGAUCAGGCUCUGCGACUUUACUUGGAAUCGUUCAGAUUACCUGGGGAAGCCCCUCUUAUAUCUCUUCUACUCGAGAAAUUUGCCGAGCAUUGGCAUGAUAGCAAUGGUAGACCUUUCGCUUCGGCCGAUGCCGCCUUCACGUUAGCUUACGCGGUGAUCAUGUUAAAUGUCGAUCAACAUAAUUAUAACGUAAAGAGGCAAAACAAUCCCAUGACUGCCGACGAAUUUAAGAGAAAUUUGAAGAAAGUUAAUGGCGAUACCGAUUUCGAUCAGGAUAUGCUCGAUGAGAUAUAUACUUCAAUUAAAGGGGAGGAAAUCGUAAUGCCGGCCGAACAAACUGGGCUAGUAAAAGAAAAUUAUUUAUGGAAGGUUUUACUGAGAAGAGGCUUCGGGCUUGAAAGUGUAUACUUGAAAGUAGGUAAUUCCGGCGAGUUCAUCGAUAAGGACUUAGCUGAACAUGCGUGGGGUCCUAUUGUGAGUGCUCUUUGCCGGGCUUAUGAUAAAGCACCGGACAGAUCGUUGCAACUUAAAGUCGCUCAUACGUUCCUCAGUUGCGCGGCGAUCAGUGCUUACCAUAGCAUGUGCGGUGACUUGGAUACGCUCAUAGUGAGCCUCUGCAAGUUCACGGGUCUGAUAAUCGGAGGGAAAUCCGAGCAAGUGGUCUCACAUCUCGGCGGAAGUCCGAAGUCUCAAAUGGCCGCUUGCACCCUCUUCAAGAUCACGCGUCAACAUGGGAAUGCCUUGAGAGCGUCUUGGAAAAACAUCAUCGAUUGUUUGCAGUCGCUCUACGAGGCGAGAUUGUUGCCGAAAAAUCUUACGGAGGCGGAAGACUUCAUCCAUCCCUCCGGCAAAAUAUCUCUGCUUCGGGAACCGAUCACGCCCAAGAGUCCCCCGGGUGAUCAAGGGAUACUUUCCACCUUUUAUUCCUAUAUCGCUAUGGAUACGUCACGUCUGCCGCAUCCCCCCGAGGCGACGCGGAAGAAGGCUAUGGAGUUUAUUGCCAGUUGUUGUCUCAAGGAAAUCAUAGAAGAGAGUAAAUUCUUUCAGAGUGAAUCGCUCAAUUCUCUCGUUGGUGCUUUGGUGUCGGUGAAUCCUAACGAUGAAGAUAUAUCUAUAUUUCUCUUGGAACUAUUGCUAGAAGUAACUAUACAGAAUCGUGACAGAGUAACGUGCAUCUGGCCCGUGGUCCAGAGUCACUUGGAUCAUUUGUUAACGGUGGCGGCGCGCGAGAACCAUCCCUAUUUACUCGAGAGAGUGGCCGUGGGCAUGCUCAGAUUGGCAAUCAGGCUCUUACGCGGAGAGAAGUUUGCGUGUCUAUCUCCUCUACUACCUCUGACCCACUUGCCGUCCGCGACUACCGCGCCUUUGGCUCGACAGAUCGCCUACGGUUUGUUCGAGCUGCUGAAGACAGGCGCCGCGAACAUCAACAGCGCGGAGGACUGGAAGGUGGUGUUUAGUCUGCUGGAGUGCGCGGGUGCCGGUGCAUUGGCGCCUAAGCGCUCCAACACGGUCCUAGAUGAAACGGUGAACGCUCGGCCGUCGGUCUUGGACCCAAGACCUAUCAGUCCAGUGCCGGAAUGGGUGCUGGUGUCGCCAACUGGCACCGAGGCACCGCUUCCCGUGGCCGCCGACACGAUAGUGCUGGCUCGUGAUCUACAGCCGCACGACUCGGUGGCGUUCGUCAAGUGUUGCGAGAGCCUCAACUUCCUGGUUGACGAACGCGAUAUGGUGCACGUGACGCCCUUCAACUUCGAUCUGUGCGUCAAUUGCGUAAGAACGUUCGCCGAGGCGGUACUGCAGUGCGCAGGCAAGCGGAACAGAGUGUGCAACUCCGCGGAGGAGUCCGCCGGUUAUCAACAAAGCCCGGUACAGCUGCUGGACCUGAUGCACACGCUGCACACGAGAAUUGCACAGGUGUUCCGAUUGUGGGCGAAGAAAAAUAACAUCGACGAUAUUAUAGGUAUAUCCCUGUGGCCGCAAGCCUGGCGACCGCUGCUGCAAGGUAUCGCGCGACUCUGCUGCGACGCCCGCAGACCGGUGCGCACCGCGGCAAUCACGUGUCUUCAAAGCACCUUGCUGGCGUACGACUUGGCGCAGCUGUCCGCGAUAGAGUGGUCGCAAUGUCUGGAGGAGGUGUUAUUUCCGUUGCUGGCGCAAUUGCUGGGUCCGAUCGCAUCCAACGAUCCUAACGGCGUCGAGGAAACGAGAGUCAGGGCCGCGAUGUUGCUCUCCAAGGUGUUUCUUCAUCAUCUGACCCCACUGCUGACUCUACCCGGUUUCUUGCCGCUAUGGCUAACGGUGCUGGAACUUCUACGCGCGUACAUGCACGCCGACAAUAGCGAGCACUUGUUCGAGGCGAUCCCUGAAUCGUUGAAGAAUAUGCUGCUGGUGAUGUCGUCGGCCAAUAUUCUUGCGCCGAGCUCCAACCUCUGGGCGCCUACGUGGCGAGCGAUCGACGCGUUUCUACCGAAUCUGAAAGCGGAACUAUUCCCGGAGCCGCCCGUCGCGGUUCUACCGCCUUCGCAACCGUCGCCGCAACAGUCGCCGCAAGUUAUCAGCUUGGUCGGCCAACAGCAGCCACUGUCUUUCCCGGGGUCUAUAGCGCCGCAACCAGAUAGCGCUUUCUCUUCGGCUGACGUCGAGUACUCUAACGAGAAUAAUGCAGACACGAGGACCGCGACACAGCGCUUGGAUAUUCUAAAUUCUGCGCAAUCCGGUGGAGUUCCGGUUCCAUUACCGACAUUGAUGUACAACACCGAGGGCAAGGAGACGCAGCAGGUGAUCACUCUAGUUAGCCAACCGGCGCUCAGUGUAUCCAGUCCGGUCGCGGUGCAGCCAACAGCUCAGAGUCUCUUCGAUAUUUGCUACUCGGCGAACUCUCUGGCCGAGAAGAUGGACGAACGACAGCAGCACCAAGGACAGGAGCAACAGCAACAGCCGGUGCCGCCGAGUGAGGGCGAGCACAAUAAAUUGACGACGAGCGUGGCGCCGAACGUUAUUUUGACAGACGAGGAUCGCGAUUUGAUACUCGCGAUGAGAAAAUACGAGGAAUGGAAGCAACAGCAGGAGCAGCAACAAAUGCUGAUGCAGCAACAGUGCACGCAGCACGCGCAGCCGACGCAGUAUCAGCACCCGGCGACGGAAAAUUCUCCAUACCCCUUGGAUCCGCCUGAGACGAUGUCAGUAGAUCCCGCGGGGACGACGACGACGACGACGUUUAACUCCGCGGCGUAUUUUAGCGAGGAUCCGGCGGCGGAUCUCCUCUUCGUCGUCACUAAUCCUUGACCACUGUAUAUUUCUUAUGUAUAAAUUGUAUUAUAUAAAACAUUUCUACAA